CCUAGAGGAAAUAUCGUUAGAACGAAAGUGUUGGUAGCAAUCAUUCGAUGUUUUGGUUUGGAACGGAGUGAUUAGGAGCGAUGCUGUCCGAUGGAUGAUGUUUUGAAUCGGCAGAUACAAACACAACGUCGUUCUUGACUGCGCAUGUCCUUGCUGGCCCAUCCAGCCAGCACUCUUCUCACAAAAGAUUCGAGGCAAAAUCAAUGACAUUAGUCACGGCAGCUUGCAGCAGCAGCCUUCAGGUGGGUCGCUUUAGUUAUAGUUAGAAUAGAUUGUCCACGCGCUCGAAGGAAUCCAUCGAACUCCGGACACUCCAUUAGAGGAGCGAGCGGAAGUGAACCAUGGAAAACAUAUGGGAAAACAUCAGCACAGCACUAGAACUGUCGCCCGAAGUAUCGGACAGGUGGUUGGCCAAGCUUCGGUCGCAGUACGCACAACAAAGCCAUCGUCAUUACCACACAGAAUCCGAGUUGAUCCGUCGGAAGGUGCCACACUUAACGGGGGCUAGCAUAUGUCUGCAGCUGGCCACCCUCUUCCAGUAUUACCACUUCGAGGCGGACAAGGAUUGUGUUGCACGGAAUUGUGAGGCCGUGAGUGAAUUCUUCGCUGAUGCAGGCCUGGACAAUAAAACACUGGAAACAAACGUUAAAAGAUUGCUUGGGGACGUACAGAUGGAAGCAGGCGAUCUGUCCGAGGAUGACGUUCAUUACUUCCAAGAUUUGGAUUUGCUAGUACUGGGCACACCGCCGGAAGAUUACAAACAGUACACCCAGCAGCUGCGCAACGAAUGUCCGGCCGAGGAUGUUAGUUCCUACGACAAAAUGCGCCUAAAGUUGCUGCAAACGCUUUGUCGCAUACCGAGCAUCUACAUGACGAAGGAAUUUAGUGACCGUUUCGAAAGUGCCGCGCGUGCUAAUAUUGAGCAGGAAAUCAAGGAUUUGCAGUCGAAAUAAAAACGAUUCCGGAGCAAUACUCACCCCCAAAAUGCUCUAACCCCCUACGUAAGUAUUACCGUUCUCGCCGUUGCGUGUUCGUGCGUGUUCGAGGAAACGACAGUUCCAGCACACCGUUUCAAAAUCAUUUGAUGUUUAGCUCGAGAUUGUGCGUCGGGUAGGAUUAUUAAAACAAUUCAAAAACACACUUAGCGCUGCGAUAGUAUUAAUGUUGCGGCAGCGGCUUGCAAUAGCACAAUCGCAAUUGAAGAGAAAUACCUUCUAUUAAUGUGUUUUGUAUUGUAUUGCAACAAUAAAGAAGCGAAGUAAACAAAUGGCCCACGCGCGCAAA